CAUUUAUUGAAAUCAGAUUCUUUAUUUUUAUGCCAUCGAGUAGAAUUUUAUACAUAAGAGUAUAUAUUGCUAGGCAACGAAGAUUGUUUGACUUUGUUAUUUUUAGCAAGCACACUUAAUUGAUAAAUCAACUUUUAACAAUUUAUAUUUAAUAUUUUGUAUAAAAUAGACAUGAAGAAAGUUUCGAAAGAUUUGGCGCCAAUCGCGCUUCCUCAUGGCCCUCCUGUAGAAUCCGUGUCGGAAUAUUACAAGUCGCUAAUGGAAAGCGCUCGUAUGGUCAAAAAAUAUCCAGUAUGGGAUGUAGCUCGUCCGACGCCUCAAGUCCUGAUGGAGCAGGCUCGGAGGGACUUGAUGGAGGCGGACGAGAAGCUGGCACAUAAGCGUGAAGAGGAGAGAAUCAACAGACAGACGAUGAACGCCAAAUGGCAGGACCUACGUGACAAAGAAAUGCUCCUUAAGGAUUCUUUUAUUAGUUUCAAUAAGUUCAUCAGGGAGAACCAAGAAAAACGCGAGCGUGCCCAGCGGAAAAUGGAGGCAGAUCUGGAGGUGCUGGAGAGGAAAUCUCGCGAGACGGACGCGAUGCGGCAACGGGUCACGGAAAUGGAAGAGGUCCGAGAGCUGAUGGAGAAGCAGGUCAAAGAUUACACGGUUUACGAGGAUUAUUUAAUGUCUGUGGUGCACAACUACCCAGAGUUCAAGCAACCUUUGGAUGUGCUCAAUAGAUAUGAAGCUUUAGCUGCCGCGAAGAACACUCUCGCUGAUCGCCAAGAAAGAGACCUGGAGAUGCUGGAGAGCGCUCGUCAGGAGAUCGCGGCGCUCACUGAAGAGAAGAAGCUCUUCAUCAUGGGUCUCAAUAACACGCUCGCGGAUUUGAGAUGGCGCUACGACCAAGUGCGCAACCGCGUCAUCAAAUGGGAGCUCGCGCUGAACCGGCUGGAGGAGACGGCGGCGCGGCGGCGCGCGGAGCUGUGCCACGUGCGCGCCGCCGUGUACGCGCUGUACGAGAAGAUCAGCCGGCAGAAGGGGCUGCCGCUGGACGCGCCGCGCGCCGACUUCGAGCAGCAGCUGGUGGUCGUGAUGCGGGCGCUGCUGGAGCUGCGCAGGAUACACAGGAUCGCGCAGAGGCGCUCCAAGGAGAAGUACGUGCUGGAGGGGAGAUGUGUUACCUUCCUUCGUUCUACAGUAUAAGGCUGUGCUUGGUAGAGUGGAAGAUGGAAUGGCUCUUCCGUUUUCUUCUCUUCCGCAUAGAACAAUGGGGAUGAAGGGAUGGGUGAAAGAUAUAGUCCUGGCGAGUUAUGUGUGUCUGUGUGGUGGUGAGAGUAGAAUUAAGAUAAUAA